AACGAGAAAGUUCAAAUAAAUUUGAAAACCUAAAAAUCGGUUGAACGAGAGGCCAUAUUUAACGGAAAUUUAUUAUUGUUAUUUUUGAAAAUAAACAUCUCGGAAAAAGUCAAAAGAUCUCUCAAAAUGGGCUGCGCCACGACAAGCGUUAAGAUUACCUCGAUUAUAAUGAAUGCCAUUUUGGCGUUUUUGGCCUUUGGGGCCAUUGGCUGGAUUGCUUUCAAUGCCGAUUCGGAGAGCGAGGAAUUUGUCAUAGCCUCCUACAUUGCCUGUUCAAUCAUUGUUAUAUUCGCCUUUCUUGGUAUAUUUGCGGCCAUAAGGGAAUCCGUGGUGCUGACUGCAACGAGUGCCGUUUUCCUUUUAGUUCUGGCCAUACCACAAAUUGUCAGUACUUGUCUGGUGCUUCAUGGUCAUGAGUUGAAGAAUGCUCAACAGAUUGUCGAUGUGGCCUGGCAGGCCAACAAUAUGGACGGAUUGCAACAGAAAUAUGAGUGUUGUGGCAAAUACAGUGCCCAGGAUUACAUACAUCUCAAUCAAUUGAUUCCACCCAGUUGUUACAAGGAUUUGCAACAGACCUCGGAUCAUCUCUAUAUCGAAGGCUGCAUUGAGAAUAUUCAGAGUUUCUAUGAGAAUGACAAACAACGUUUUAUUAUUGUCUCUUGGGUGUUGGUGGCCUUCGAGCUGAUUUGCUGUGCCUUGGCCGUAUUUUUGGCCAUCAGUUUUCGCAAUAAGCAACGGCGGAUGCAAUUUUAAAUGAGUCAAUAACCUUAACCAGUGCUGGCUUAAGUACAAAAUGUUUAAAGACUUUUAGUAUUUGAGUCUCCGAAAAGUAUUUCUCGAAAUGACAUUUUUUAAAAUUAAUAAUCAAAUGGGAAAAUCAUUUUUCAAGAGAGUCAUCAAAAUGCCUAUUACUAUUAACUGCAAUUAUAAUUAUAAUCUAUAGUUAAUUUAUGUAUAACUAUAAUUAUUUUUUAAAUACCUAAUAAAAAACGAACUUCAUUUU